AUGGCAAUGUGGGUGAUGGAUUGCUUUUCAUCUUCAGUUUUAUCAAAGGAAAAACUGGAAUUAGCUGUCAAAGGACUGGCUCUUGCCUAUGGUCUGGUUUUGAAUGGUGCCACUUCUAGAUUAAAAUUGAUUAUAUCUAACAACACCUACAAAUUUUUGAGAUGGUUGUGGUUU